UGUCAAAAACUUAGUAGUUUUUAAUUUGAAUUUAGCUCGCGGCAAACUUUGGAUUAACUAGAAGAAAAAUAUGCGCUUUAUAGCAGUUCUCCUAAUUUUAGGAUUUGUAUCCUAUAACGUUUCGGCUAAACCCUAUAGCUUUGAGGUCGAUGUGGAUCAACCCGAAUCAUAUUCUCUAUCUCAAGAAUCUGAAGAUGUUGAAAAUAUAAGUGAUGUUUCCGAGGGAGUUUCAGAAGAAUUGGAAUCGGAAUCUUUGGAAAGAAGAAAGCGCAGUGCUUCAUCAGAAUCUGAGGAGUCUUCCGAAUCUUCAGAAUCGUCUGAGUCACAUGAAAGAAGAAAGCGCAGUGCUUCAUCAGAAUCCGAAGAAUCGUCUGAAUCAAAAUCUUCAGAGUCCUCAGAAUCGUCUGAAUCUAACGAAUCUAAAGUUAAGGAUGAAGAGCCCAAAGAAGAAGAAGAAGAAGUCGAGAAUGAAGAUGAAAGUGAUGACAAAGUCGAAGAUGAUGAAGAAACCAAUGCUGAUGUAGAAGAUGAUGAGGAUGAAGAAACUAACGCAGAAGAAGAUGAAACUGAUGAUGAUGAUGAACCAGAAGCUGGCGACGUUGAUGAAGAGGAACUUGAAAUAGAAGGAGCUGUAGAUGAUAAACCAUCUGAAGAUGGUGCUGCCGUUGAUGAUGAACCCACAGUUGGAAACGAAGAUGAUGAUGAUGAACCAUUCUCCAAAACUGAAGUUGAUGGUCCUGAAGCUGAAUCACUCGAAGAAGAUGCCGCUGCCAUUGAUGACGAACCCACAGUUGGAAAUGUUGCUGUUGAUGAUGAACCCUCCUCCGAAAUUGCAGUCGAUGGUGCUGAAGCUGAAUCACUCGAAGAUGAUGCCGCUGCCGUUGAUGACGAACCCACAGUUGGAAAUGUAGCUGUUGAUGAUGAACCCUCCUCCGAAAUUGCAGUCGAUGGUGCUGAAGAUGAUGGUGCUGCCGUCGAUGACGAACCCACAGUAGGAAACGUAGCUGUCGAUGGUGCUGAAGCUGAAUUAGAAGAUAGUGCUGCUGUUGAUGACGAACCCACAGUUGGAAAUGUAGCUGUUGAUGACGAACCCUCCUCCGAAAUUGCAGUCGAUGGUGCUGAAGCUGAAUCGCUUUCAGAAGAUAAAGCUGCCGUUGAUGACGAACCUACAGUCGAAGCCCUCAACAACAAACCAGUCUCAAAAGUCGGACUACCCAUCGUUGAAGCUUUUCGCCAUUUCUUAGGGAAAUAUGUUUUGUAAGGAAAACGGUUUCAUUAAAUAAGAAAUCUAGUUUAGAUUUCUUAAGUUUAAAGAAAUCUAGUUUUAAAUGACCAAUAAAGUAAAAAUAAGUUUUUAAUAUAAAAGAAAAUUUUGUUCAGAAAGUUAUCAUAAAAAAUUACCCAAAUAGUUCCUACUAUAUGACUUUUUCGUUCUAUUCAUUACCAGCUUUAAUUUUUCUUUGCAAAGUAAACAAAUGUCUGAAAAAGUCAAAUAUUGGAAUCAUUAGUAGACACGUAGAAUUUCUCAUCUUUGAUUUUAUACUGUAAAUAAAUUCAUUUGACUUAACUAAAUUUUAGCCAGACACAUGGUCAUUUAUAAAAAUUGGUAAAACGUGCAAUUAUAUGCUGAAAAUACAUUUUGUCAUACAACUAAAUCCGAAAGGCUAAAUAAAUUAUAUACCCAGUA